AUGAGCAGAUCCGCUGGCUACGAUCGUCACAUCACCAUCUUUUCGCCUGAGGGGCGUCUGUACCAAGUCGAGUAUGCCUUCAAGGCCAUCAAGACUGAGAACCUCACAUCGCUGGGCAUCAGGGGCGCAGACAGCUGCUGCGUGAUUACACAGAAGAAAGUGCCCGAGAAGCUCGUGGACCCCACCUCUGUGACACACCUGUUCAACAUCACCCCUACCAUUGGCUGCGUCAUGACUGGCAUGAUCGCCGACGCUCGAUCGCAGGUGCAGCGUGCCAGAAAGGAGGCUGCUGAUUUCGCCCACAAGUUCGGCUAUGACAUCCCAGUGUCCUACCUGGCCAAGAGGAUGGCCGAUAUUGCUCAGAUCUACACCCAGCACGCCUACAUGCGCCCGCUCGCGAUGAUCCUGAUCAGCAUCGACGAGGAGGAGGGUCCUCAACUGUACAAGUGCGACCCGGCCGGAUCGUACGCCGGGUUCAAGGCCACCGGUGCCGGCCACAAGGAGCAGGAGGCCCGCAACUUCCUCGAGAAGAAGUUCAAGACCGACCCCAAGCUCGACGCUGACAAGACGAUCAAGAUGGCGAUCAACGCGCUGCAGACGGUGCUGGGCGAGGAUUUCAAGGCAUCGGAUAUCGAGGUGGGCGUCGUCACGACCGACAGCCCUCGGUUCAGGAGGCUCUCCGACGACGAGGUCGACCGCCACCUCACCGAGAUUGCUGAGCGCGAUUAA